GCAUCGCUAAGGCUGCAGGGAGCGACGCGCAGCUGGAGCCGCGGACAGCUGUUGGGCAGCCCGGCUGGGGAGCCUCUCGCUGCCGCCGCCUCCUCCUCCUCCAACGGUCUGGAGGUUUGGAUGCCGGCCCCACUGCAAAGAACCCUUCUAGCGGGUCUCGGGCUGAGCUGGGCACGGCUGGGGAGGAGCCGCGGCUGGAGGCAGUCAGGAUCCAGGGGUUUUUCCCACCUGCGCGGGGCCAUGAGGCUGGUCCAGUUCUGCGUCAAGGGGUCACCAGCAGAGCCCCGGAUCGGGCUGGAGGAGGAAGAUGGAGGCGACGUGAUUGAUCUGAACGCUUGUGACCCAUCUCUGCCCAGGACCAUGCGGGCCUUCCUGGAGGGAGGAGACGCCGCCCUAGCUGUUGCCAAAAGAGCACAGGUGUCUGGCCAGCACGUCCUGCCCCGUGCCCGGAUCACUCUUUUGGCUCCCGUCACAAACCCCGAUAAAGUGAUCUGCGUUGGGAUGAACUACGUGGAUCAUUGCCUGGAGCAGAAUGUGAAGAUCCCCAAAGAGCCGAUCAUAUUCAGCAAAUUCGCCAGCUCCAUUGUGGGGCCCUAUGAUGACAUCAUCCACCCAGCGGAAAGCAGUGAAGUCGACUGGGAAGUGGAGCUGGCCUUUGUCAUUGGGAAGAAAGGAAAACACAUCCAGGAGUCGGACGCCAUGGGCCACGUUGCCGGGUUCACGGUUGCCCAUGACGUGAGCGCCAGAGACUGGCAGAUGAAGAGGAACGGGAAGCAGUGGCUUCUGGGGAAAACCUUUGACACCUUUUGCCCGCUGGGGCCAGCUCUCGUUACCAAGGACGCUGUGUCAGACCCUCACAAUCUGGGGAUCCGUUGCCGAGUGAAUGGGGAGCUUGUCCAGAACAGCAGCACCAAUCAGAUGAUCUUCAAAACGGAGGCGCUUGUCGCGUGGGUCUCCCAGUUCAUCACCCUGUACCCAGGAGAUGUCUUCCUCACAGGGACCCCGCCCGGCGUUGGAGUUUUCCGGAAGCCCCCCGUCUUCCUCAAGAGAGGGGAUGAAGUGCAGUGUGAAAUUGAUGAUCUGGGGAUCAUCCGGAACAAGGUAGCUUGAAGAUUUUGGGCUGCAUCCUUUGAGCUGGCGGCUGGCUCACCUGUCCCUGCACAGCUGCACCUACAAUGCUCGAGUGCCUUCACUGAUUCUGAUCAUGAGCACAGAUUAAGGAAAUUCUGGGGAUUAAGGUCAUUGGGAUUGCCCCUGCCGGGAUUACUCCUGCCAGGUGCCAUAAAACUGGGGAGGUAGAUAGUGUUUCAGAAAUCACUGGCAGUUCCUGAACACCUCAGUGAAGAAAAGCGAAUGUAAGAAGAUCAUCUGUGGUACAGCACACGCUAUAGACUGCGGCUGUGACGUUCCCAUUAAAUGCUGCAAAGCUUUCCAGAUUGUUGAACUAGAAUAAAGCACCUAUUAAAACUCA